GUUAUCUCGGACCCGUAUUUAUAUUCCCAAAACAGACUCUUCAGAGCCCAUUUCAUCGCGUCCCCCUCAUUUCUCUCCAGGGCAGCUUCUCAGAUCUGCCCCCUCCAAGUGAAUUCAAAGAUGGGGUUGUCUUUCACCAAGUUGUUCAGUCGGCUUUUUGCCAAGAAGGAAAUGAGAAUUCUUAUGGUCGGUCUCGAUGCUGCGGGUAAAACUACCAUUUUGUACAAGCUCAAGCUCGGAGAGAUUGUGACCACCAUUCCUACCAUCGGAUUCAAUGUUGAAACCGUGGAGUACAAGAACAUUAGCUUUACCGUGUGGGAUGUCGGGGGUCAGGACAAGAUUCGACCUUUAUGGAGACACUACUUCCAAAAUACACAAGGGCUCAUUUUUGUGGUUGACAGCAAUGAUCGUGAUCGUGUUGUUGAGGCUAGGGAUGAGCUGCACCGCAUGUUGAAUGAGGACGAGUUGAGGGAUGCUGUGCUGCUUGUAUUUGCCAACAAGCAGGAUCUUCCAAAUGCUAUGAAUGCUGCAGAGAUCACUGACAAACUCGGUCUCCACUCUCUUCGUCAACGCCACUGGUACAUCCAGAGUACAUGUGCCACUUCUGGUGAAGGGCUCUAUGAGGGUCUUGACUGGCUCUCAAACAAUAUCGCAAACAAGGCUUAAAUGAUCAGUAAUCUUCAGCAACCGCUUGUUUGCAAGUUGUGUGACGGCUCACAUUAUCUUCUGUUUCUCGGCUCCCCGAGAAUGUAUCUGUUUAGAUAUUAUUACAAAGUGAUUGACGGCUGUAGAUUUUAAAUAAUUCAAGACUUCUACAUUCUACAUACACAUUUGUUUGUAUCGGUUUAGGAUUCCAAUCAAUGGAUUUUGAACCUAACUGUCCCUUCACCAUGUUUUGAUGGACUUAAUGCAUGCUGUGUUGAAUCAUUCAUGGAUUGUCAAUAAAAUUUAGUCUUUUUUGGUA